GCCACACUGUCCUCCUCCCUGCGGAUAGGAAUGUAUUUCCUACUGAUCUUGUCUUUUCUAGGAGAAAUAACAGGUGAGACUUUCUUUUGCCAACAAGAACAUGGAAAUCUUAUACUUCAGUGCAAUCAGCCAGGUGCUAAAGAAAAUAAAAGAACAGACUGGUAUAAGACAGCAAGUGAUAUGCAACAACUGGAGUUAAUUAACUGCUCUUCCAAGUGUAAUCACUCAUGUUCAGAAAUGGCUUGCAAUGAUACCUUAGAGGUGACACACGCUUUGUCUGAUGAGGGGAUGUUUGCAUGUGGAGCAAUUUCAAGUGAUGAAGCACCGGUGACUUCCCUACUGUUCAGCAAUGUGUCUCACUGCAGGCACUAUAACUUCUUUCUUGUACAGACUAACACUGAAUCAGGGAAAAAGAGCUCAGGCAACGUUCAGAAAAAAUCACAAGUUCCUCUCAAAUUCAAAGAACAAGAAAACAUCACCCUGUCUUGUGAAUUUUACACUGAGUGCUCAGGACACUGUUUUUUUAUGUACUGGAUCAGAGUCAGUAAAACAAGCGAAUGCCUUUUUUCUGCUGCGAAUGAAGACCUGGCCUCAAGCUUGACUUUUAAUGAGCACUGCUGUGUUGAUCGAGACAUCCAGGAACGACUGUUGAACCAUACAAACUUCAAUUCUCCUCACAAAAAACAUAACAUGACUAUUCUGAACGUCACUAGUUCUGACAGCGGGCAAUAUUUAUGCAUUGUUGCUGCCUGGCAGAAUGGUAAAUUUGAGUGGCAAGUUCCUAAUAACCAGUCUGUGGAUGUUCAGAAAGACAAAGCGGCAUCUGUGCAGUGGCAUAUCAUCUCUGGAGCUGUACUUGGGAUUAUUUUUCUCAGUGUGGCAGCAGGGCUGAUCUAUCUGAAGAUGUUCAGAUCAAAAGGGAAGAAAACAACCACAGAAUUUACCAGAGAUCGUGAUGCCACUGGAAAGACAGAAAAUGAAUGUACUCCAUAUGCAGUAAGUGGUAGCAGUGACACGUACAGAAACGAGAGCCUUUACUGCCUCGUAACGAGGACUUGCCCAGAGCCAAACGAGACCUCUCCUAGCUCAGAUAACAACAGGGCUCUGGGCAGGACGGGAGCAGAUAUACAUACAGUCUACGCGCUGCUGAAUAAAUAACUGUUUCAGCUACCUCGGGAUGUGAAGGUGAAAGCGUUACUUCUUGCAAAUUACACUGCAGUCUGAGUGCCAUGCUGGCUAGACAUAUUAGCUUUAUUACUAUAAUGUCUAUAUACCCAUGGAUCAAUACACUCCAAGUACAGAAGUUGCCCAGUAAGAAGUUUCUGACUAUAGCAAUCACUUCUUGCUUUCUGGUACUUCCAUACCAAGAAAACUAUGAGUUAUAGGUUUUAUUUCUGUCCAAAAAAACCUUGCGAAACAGUGUGACUCAUUUUCUGCAAGCCUCACACCAGCAACGCCUAUGCGGAAGGCAGUGCCCACCUUCAAACUCGUGCAGAGAAUGAGGAAGCCAGAGGAGCUGCCGCGCUAGCCCCUCCUGGGGCGCAGGCCGCAAGGCAAGAGGAGGAUGGGGAGAAGGGGCCCCUGCCACCCCUGUCUGGGCGGCGCGAGCGCAAGGUCCCUCAGCGGUUUGCCUCCUUGUUAAGCUGCAUCCAAUAUUUUGGCACGCGACGUUUGUGGCAGUACACUUUUUUAAAAAAGUAUUUGCGAAUUCUGGCAGAUUUCAGCAGCCAGGGUUCCCUAAAAUUACUUUCUGGGGAAGUCAUAGUAUUUUAUUUUGACAUAUAUGAAGCAAAUGUUUCUGAUUUUCAGCUUAUAAAUUAAAUUGUUUCAAGUUUGACUUAGAUUUUUUCUUUCUUUAAAGAUAUAUUACCCCCUUGAUAAUAUGACAUUUUUAGAUGGGCCUGAAGUGAGAUUCCAAAUGAGUUUCACAAAAUACUGAAUAAACUUUAGAUGUAGAUAAAUUUUUUUCUCUGCAGUCCCAAACUAUGUAAGCUAUUGUACAUAUUUCUCCAUUACUAGGGCUACAUGUAUGAGCAGGU